ACGGCACGCCCGUCUUUCAGAGCAUGGGCCACCCUUCUGGCCCCCGCACAUUCUGGACCCCACCGGGGUGCGGCAGGCAGACCUGCUUCCUUUUUUGGCGGGGAUCCGAAGCUAUCGUGAGAGAGUUCACGCUUGUGAGUUUUGAUCGAGUAACGAUCGAGUAAGCUUCUAGAAGGAUGCGGAUCUGAUUCGCUGGACCGGUCUUUAAGCACUUUUUUCUCUCCCUUCUUUGUCUGUCCGGCAUCGUCCGUAUGGUCUUCGUAUCUGGCUCUGGAUGAUAUCCCUCACCAAUGAACGAACCUGGAAGUUGCUCACCUCACCUCGGCCUCGCUCUCCGGCCAUACCAUCCCCGCAACGCCCCCCCAACCUUUCUUUGUUCGAGCCCCGAGGUGAAGUCAUCUCGGUUUGCUGUCUCCAGGUCUGGCCUGUCUGCUUGUUGUUCUCUCGCCAGUUCUUUCGCCCACCAGAGAAUUGUUGAAUAUCAGGCGGUGUAGCUGCUGACCAGACCCAGCCAAAUAUGGUCACGAUGGCGAUACCGAUAGUGUUUCCAGAACCACUCGGCACGCCACGUAUCCAUCAUCGAUGUGUCAUAUUAAGUCCGAUUCAAGCCAGAAAGCUCUGCAAGCUCUGGUGUUGUCUCUUUUCAUGCUUUAAGCUUUUCGACCUUGCUGACUCGGCAAUGGUUCCGCGGACCGAGCACAUCAUCACCGGCAGCGGCCUGCUGGGUUGUUUCUUUUGAGGCUAGCCCAGCGGCUGUCACCGGUCCUUCCAAGAAACACCAAGCAUCGCAGCUCGCCUACGACGUUUACAUUUGUCAUAAUUGAACGGUUUGGCCUCUGGGGUGCAGCGGGUUGACCGGGACGUGGAGCGGUUCUGGAGCAGGUCCGCGUGGUGGUGGUGGUGGUGGUGAUGGACUGCCGGACAGGGCAUUGUGUGUGGCUUGUGGAUGCUACCGUACCUUAUGUUCCGGAGGACCCUGAGUGGCAAAGCUUUUCUCCGAGAAAACUCCCGGUGAGUCCGGCCGAGAUUGUCGGUACCUUUCCGGAGCCGAGGUGCUUGGGCAUUGCUUGUCUUGAUUCUUGUCUGAGUGAUGUCACCGCACAACAAAGCUCCAAUCAUGGCUUCUGCCAACGUCAGGAAUGGGUUUCCCAAGCAUGUGCAGGCCUACGGAAACUGGCCUGGCCAGUAUCUUCUUCUCAGCUAUGGCGACAGGGUCCGCAUCAUCGCCCACGCAAUGACUUAUGACCAGCUCAUCAGCAUGAUCCGUCACGGAUUUGGCAUUGGCCGAUACGACAAUCUGACCCUACUUUUCAAGCAUAUGAUGCCCCAGGGCAAUACCAUCGAGGCCGAGCUGGAUGAGUCCGCCUACUAUCUCAUCAAGAACCAGUCCGAGAUUCGCUGCGUCGAUACGCUUCAGUACCUCAACACGAAGCGCCAGGCUCCCCAGGUACCUCUUGCGGUUUACACUCAGGCGAACGUUUAUCCCAGGUACAGUUCUGGGUACGACAGAUUGUUCGCACCUUUUUCGACUGCGCCCUCAAAUCCAUACGUGGUGCCUAUGUUCGCCCCUUCAAUGCAGCACCAGCAUGUUCCCCAGAUCACUGGAGUGAUGGCCACCGGUGAAAAGAGCAAUGCUUUCGGUGGUGUUGCUGGCCAGCCUACGAGCACCGGAGCUGCCACAGCUGCCCAAGUUUCCCGGCAGGCCCCUGUCAACGAGCUCGAGAGAGAUCCCAGGACUGGUCUUCCAAAGGGCUGGCUUAUGUUGUCUGACGACGAGCUGCCCAGAGACCCAACUGUGAAGCUGGGUAACAACCUUUUCGGUAAGAAGGCCAUCAACACUACCGCGACAGAGGGAUCCAACCAGACCAAGAAUUCCAUCAUCCAUCCCAAUCUGUGGAGGCCCGUCAUCACGUCCGAGAAGCAAACCGAGGCGCCCCAAGACAAAGGGAAGGGGGCCAUGAAGAAGGAAUCAGCUGGGGAAUCUUCCAAAGAAAAGAAAGCCACAGGGUGGCGCGAAGUCACUGCUACUUACACUGCCAUGAAGUCUGCUUUGGCGUCACGCUCUACACCCGUGGAUCGCCGUCUCGUUUACGAUUAUCUGGUCGCAAGCACCUAUAUGAAUGGCGGCAAGGAGCCGCUCUGCGAGCCCGAGAGAAAGUUUGUCCUGAGCGUAUUCGGCCGUUGCUAUGCAACGAAACCAAUCAAGUACCUCGCGGAUCUCCGCCACGACAGUGAGAUCUUGGGGAUCCUGCUCAGUCACACCCCUGGUUGCAACAUGAGGUGCGCGGCAGAUGUCAGGGAUAAGUGCACCUGCGGCGGACCUCAGGGGCCCAAAGAGUGCUGUGAAGAGAGGCUCAAACCCUCCACGAUCGGAAACAUUUUGGAAUGUGCAAAGAGUCGCCUCAGGGAUGCUCUGGACCGCACUGGCAUCGUCUCGCAGCGCGACAUCAAGGGCGAGACGUUUUACUUUCACCAUGAGAAAUGUGUCCAGAGCAUGUGCAUCUGUGCCAUCUUCGCAACUCUGGCGCAGCAUGAACCUAUUUGUCUGAUGAGAAGUCGCCUCGAUGUCGAGAUGGUCUGUGACUGUGACCGCAACACCAAGCGCAGUCAAGUUCCGAAAUCUCAAGACACAAAGUUGAUCCAGACCACACUUGGGUGGGUUGGUGAUCUUGGGGAGGUUGAUGGUGAGACCUGUGCCCAGGAAAUUUUCCGUCGGAAACAUAUUGACAGCCUCGUGCGCAACUUUCACGAGCUCACUUGUAGUCCGCUCAAGGAUGAGAAUUGCGGUGACUGCUUAGUGUUCCGGAUCCUGCUGGGGCAUCACUGGGAUUGUCCCAUGAGGCUAAAAGUGGACCUCGGCGAUGAGUGCCAAUGCGACCGGCUUCGGCGGGAGGACGAUGAAUAUCUGGAAGGCGAUGAUGAGGUGGGCAGUAUCAAGUGGGUUACCGAUGGUCUGCACGACGCAGCGAAACUGUACCGCGGCAACAACCUCACCAGGGAGGAAUGGAAGGAGGCCAUAACGGACUUUCACAAUGAGUGGUGCCACGGAUGGUGCUGCUGCAUGCGUCUGAGGGAUAUUACCGAGCAUGAUCCUGACUGCGGGGGAGUUCAGGAUACAUUCGAGGAUUGGAAACUUUGCAGCUGCAAGAAGAGUCUUAACCCUCGCGGCACUUCUGACGUUGCAGAAGAGGCCAUCCAUGUCGAGGCUUCUACCAAAGUCAAGGAGUCUGGUGUUGAUGACGAGAGCGACAAUGGCGAGGAGUGGACACCCACCACCAGUGUGGUUGACGAAGAUGAUGACGAUCUGCCCGAUCUCAUCCCUCACCUUGGUUCUGAUACCGGAGGCUGGAAGUUUUCCAGUUUUGAGGCGCCAGAGCACCUCAGCAAGCAGAUGACAUCGAAUCAAAAUUGGCUUCGCAAUAUGACAGACAAGAAGCCGACGGAGGGGAGGGAUAUCAAUCUCGAGGAGCUGACCGCUACGAACAGGCAAGGACUGAGCAUGGACGAGAUGACGGAAUUGAUUGCUAAACAAGUCGACAGAUUGAAUCAAGCCAGUUACAGGUACUGGGAAUCUAAGAAGGCGAAGCUCGAGGAUGAUUCGGUGAAGGAGAGUUUGCAGACCUCUGAGGAGGAGCACGGGAGCAACGACAAUGAGUCGAACGCAACCGCGUCUUCCCGGGUUUCCCUCAAAAUGCCUGAGGCGAACUCGGGUGCUUCCAGCUCCAGGGCUAGCCACAGGGCCACUGUGGAGGACUUCCCUGAGAUGCCCUUGGAAAUCGCUACCGGGGGUGGCUUUGAUUCGGCGAAGAAGACUCACUCAGCCUUUGGCCAGCCAGACCUGUGA